AUGGGUUUCCAUUUGAUCGCCGACUUAUUUAUGGUUAAUGUACGCCAUCGCGAUCACGUACCCUUUGAUUCAACGCGGUUCCACCGCCUGUUGAAAUCUUCCGACGACAACAGCUGGCUUGCAUACGACAUGCGCUGGCGCAACCUUCGCGAUGCCGAAGCUGUCUCCUGGGGCACACCCAAGACGACCCGGGAUUCCGACGACGUUGUUCACGGCCUCCACUGGAUAAACAACACAUUCGCACUGGAACCGCGGCCCAUCCUUAGUUUGCGUCAAGUCCCUCAUCACACGAGACUCCAUACGCACCCUAGGCGUCGUCAUGGCAUGGGCUCUCCUCCGUCAAUUACUCCACCACCCCCACCCCCUCUUCCCAACCUUCGACAAUCAACGCACCCCAUCGACGCAGAGCCACCCAACCUCAGCCUCGGCCUCAACCUCGACUACAUUAAACUCGCUGGCGAGCUCUUUGAAGAGCUCGAAGUAUGGCUAUCGCGGGGAAAGGAAAUGGGUAGGUGGGAGAGGGUCAAGGUGUGUACGGUGGGGAUGAUGAGGCUGUGUCCUUCUUCGAUCGACAUCGCGGCGCUGGAUACUGUGUAUCCGGUACAGAUGGCGAAGGCAGCGGGGCUUGUGAGGGCACUGGAUGUGCAUAUGUCUAGGCUUGGGGGCGCGGCGGCAGUGUUGGGGAGGGAGAGGGAGAAAUGUCCAAAGCUUCAAAAUUUACUUUGGAACUUGCGCCAUUCGGCCUCUGAUCAUGUUCCCGGAAAACUUUCACUGUGUAUUGGUAUGCCAGUUAUAAUACGAAAUAAUGAUGCAACAGAAUUAUGUAUAACAAAAGGUCAAGAAGGUCAUGUCGUUGGAUGGGAUGCAAAGUUGGGCCUAAGUGGACAACGAAUCCUUGAAACUUUGUUUGUAAAGCUUGAUCGUCCUGCCAAGACAAUCAAGAUUGAGGGAUUGCCUGAAAAUGUAGUUCCACUAGUAAAGAACAGCAUGUCUAUUGAAUGUAUCUGUCCAAGUGAUGUUACUCUCACUAUAUCCCGUUCUCAGGUGUCUGUGCUACCUAACUUUGCAAUGACAGACUAUGCAUCACAAGGAAAGACUCGUCCAUUCAAUGUAGUGGAUUUAAAUAGCUGUCGUAACCACCUAUCUUACUAUACUGCUCUUUCUAGAAGUGCAACAUGUGAAGGAACUGUAAUUGUACAAGGAUUUGAUCCAUCAAAGAUUACCUGUGGUGCAUCUGGUUAUCUUCGACAAGAGUUUAGAGAACUUGAGCUUCUUGAUGACAUUACCAACCUUAAAUACAAUGGCCAAUUACCUCCAUCAAUCAAUGGCCAACUGCGUAAUGCUCUCUUACGUCAGUAUCAACAGCUCAAAGGGAAGGGGUAUUGUCCACAAAAUUUCAUGGACACUCACCACAAAAUCAACCACUUGUGGGUGUGGGCCAGUGCUGCGCAUGGCAUGUAUGAGUCCUUCCCAUGGACCUCCAAUGCUGAAAAAUAUGUAGAUAACAAUGUCUAA